AUGGAGGGCCAGACCUCGACUGCCGCCCCCGCUGGCAACUCCAGCGAUUUUGUGCGGAAAUUAUACAAGAUGUUGGAGGAUCCGUCAUAUGCCGAAAUCGUUCGUUGGGGCGAUGAGGGCGAUAGUUUUGUUGUGCUUGAGUGUGAAAAGUUUACCAAGACUAUCCUGCCUAAGCAUUUUAAACACAGCAACUUCGCUAGUUUUGUCCGUCAACUCAACAAGUACGACUUCCACAAAGUCAGGCAAAACAACGAGGAGAACGGCAAUUCGCCGUACGGACAGAAUGCAUGGGAGUUCAAGCAUCCAGAGUUCCGGGCCAACAGCAAGGAUUCGCUUGACAACAUUCGACGAAAGGCGCCUGCUCCACGGAAACAACCCCAGGUUCUCGACGACGCUGUCCCGACUCAACAAAUAGAUCUGCUGAACCAGCAGAUUGUGGCCCAGCAGCAGCAGAUCCAACAUCUCUCCGAUCGCUACGCACAACUUACGGUCGAUCACCAGCUGAUGUUGCAGGAGGUUCUGCGGGUGCAGAAGACGGUGCUGAACCACGAGAAUGUCAUCCACCAGGUCAUGACCUACUUACUCUCCGUUGAUGCCCGCCAACGGCGCGAUAGCAAAGCUCUCCCCGCCACCUUCCAGGCAUCCGGACCGGGUGGCUCGACCGUGAGCCCGUCGCAGGUCGGCCCGGGCGACGACACGCCUGCCACGCCGCUGCAGCAUGCCUCGAAACUCCUGAGCGACAUGAACGCGGAGAUUCAGUUCAACCUCACUAGCCUCGACACCAUCACCGACCCGCAAAAAGCGACUGCUGCCGUCUCCACGCCUACCCUGGAAAACGGCGCCCGGAUCGCUGCCGGGCGUCCACCAGCGUCCGCGGCCAGUGCCUCGGCGCUUGUAUACCCCAAGGUCAAUGGCGAACUCGAACCCGUGGUCUACCCUGUUGGUGCCACCAACGGCAUCGACCCCAUGUAUAGCGAGCAUGUUAGCAACGUUCCCUACCCUAUGCCCCCCAAGGAGGCGGCGGAACCAUCCGAGUCCCGCAGGCAGUUCCCCGAGAACCGGAAAAAGAGUACGAAUGUCGACCCUGGAUGGGUGCGAAGUCCCCACAUUCUCUUGGUUGAGGAUGAUGCAACGUGCCGUCAGAUUGGCGGGAAGUUUCUCUACUCGUUUUCUUGUGUCAUUGAUACAGCAUUCGAUGGACUCGAGGCUGUCAAUAAAAUCCAAGAUGGCUCCAAGUACGAUAUGAUUCUCAUGGAUAUUAUCAUGCCAAACCUCGAUGGUGUCUCUGCCUGUCACUUGAUCCGCCAAUUUGACCGAACCCCGAUCAUUGCAAUGACAUCAAACAUUCGAAGUGACGAUAUUCAACUUUAUUUCCAACACGGAAUGGAUGAUGUUCUCCCGAAGCCUUUCACCCGAAAGAGUCUGCUUGAGAUGCUCGAAAAACACCUGGCCCACCUGAAAACCAACUCCGCGGGUCUCGAGGCUACUUCGUCGGCAAGCGCCGUGACGAUGGCUGCGCAAAACUCGGCUGGCCAUUCCGUCAAGGAGGAUAGCUCACCAGGCCAGUCGCCUGCGGGUUCCAUGAGCAAUUGGCAAUCCCCCGGUCAGUUUCAGGGCAUCUCUACGAUCCAUCCGAAUGUACCAUCGGUGCAAGGCCAGUAUGUCCCGGCUGCUCAGAACCAGCCCUUGUACGCCAUUGACCAGAAUGGAAUCCAAUACCCGGCAAACCAGGCGGCUUUGAAUGCUGCGGCGGCAGCUGCGGCGGCAGCUCGACCGCAUCAUCGGCGACAGGUCUCAGAGAUGUCAAGUGCGGCAGACGGGAACACCAUGAUCAAACGGCAGCGCAUAUACCCGCACCAGCCACAGCAGAUGGUGAGCUCGGUCCAAGCCCGAAAUGGAUGA